AUGCCCUCCCCCUCCCCCGUCAUCGUCCUCAUCCACGGCGCCUUCUUCGCCCCCGUGCACUACCGCACCCUCAUCGACCCGCUGCGCGCGCAGGGGUACACCGUGCUGGCACCCCCCAUGCCCACGACCGGCGUCGCCGACUGCGUGACAGGCAAAACCUACGCCGACGACGCGCGGCGCGUGCUCGACUACCUGGGCCCCUUCCUCGACGCCGGGCGGGAAGCCGUCGUCGUGGGCCACAGCCAAGGCGGGCUCGCGACGAGCGCCGUGACGGAGGGGCAGACGGUGGCGGACCGCGCUGCUAGGGGGCUGAAGGGCGGCAUCAAGGCGGUCGUGUACCUGACCGCGCUCGCGCUGCCGACGAAGGGCGCGAGCCUGAUGAGCAUCCUGGGCGGGACGCCGCCGCCGAUUUAUCACGCUGAGGGCCCCUUCUACAUCCUCACCCCUCUCGCCAUGAGCGACGGCGAAUCUCUGAUCCCCGAAUCCGUACGGACUAGCAUCUCCGGCAGCCUCGCGCACCAGAGCCGGGCGAGCCUCGAAGCAGCGGUGGAGUUCGUGGCGGCGGACGUGACGGUCCCGAAGACGUACAUCGUGUGCACGUUGGACGCGUCGCUGCCGCCGGCGCUGCAGGAGGGGAUGGCGCAGGCGACGGGGUGCAGGGUCGUGAAGGUGGAGGCGGGGCAUUUCCCGUUCCUGGAGAGCGAGGAGAGCACGAGGGCGGUGGUGGAUGCUAUCGUGGAGGUUGCUGGGCAGUGA